AGCCGCUCUGAGGCGUGCGCUGGGUUUCCGGUCGCGAGCCGCCCUGGGCUCCAUGUGGGAACUGCUGUGAGGGGUUUGCGAUCCGAGUGCUGCCGAAAUCGAGCUCCCGGAUCCCGCCAGCGGGAGAGAUGACGUCCUUAGCCCAGCAGCUCCAGCGCCUCGCCCUCCCGCAGAGCGACCCCAGCCUCCUGUCCAGGGAUGAAGUUGCCUCUCUGUUGUUUGACCCCAAGGAAGCGGCCACCAUCGACCGGGACACCGCCUUUGCCAUCGGGUGCACCGGCCUGGAGGAGCUGCUCGGCAUCGAUCCCGCCUUCGAGCAGUUCGAAGCCCCCUUGUUCAGCCAGCUCGCCAAGACCUUGGCGCGCAGCGUGCAGACCAAAGCCGUGAACAAGCAGCUGGAUGAGAACAUUUCGUUGUUCCUCAUUCACUUGUCCCCCUACUUCCUGCUGAAGCCAGCACACAAGUGUCUGGAGUGGCUGAUUCACAGGUUCCACAUCCAUCUGUAUAAUCAAGAUAGCCUCAUAGCUUGUGUUCUCCCGUACCAUGAGACAAGAAUAUUUGUGCGGGUUAUACAGCUCCUAAAAAUUAAUAAUCCAAAGCACAAAUGGUUCUGGUUAUUGCCAGUUAAGCAAUCUGGAGUGCCCUUAGCUAAAGGAACUUUGAUUACCCACUGCUACAAAGAUCUUGGAUUCAUGGAUUUCAUUUGCAGUUUGGUAACAAAAUCUGUGAAGGUUUUUGCUGAGUAUCCUGGGAGUUCAGCUCAGUUGAGGGUUCUCUUAACUUUUUAUGCUUCUACCAUCGUGUCUGCCUUGGUGACUGCUGAGAACAUAUCGGACAAUAUAGUUGCUAAGCUAUUUCCAUAUGUCCAAAAGGGAUUGAAAUCAUCUUUACCAGAUUACAGAGCUGCAACGUAUAUGAUAAUAUGUCAGAUUUCUGUGAAAGUGACCAUGGAAGAUACCGUCGUCAAUUCAUUGGCCUCACAGAUCAUCAAAACAUUGACGAAAACCCCCUCUUUGAUCAAGGAGGGACUGGGUUGCCUGAUAGUGCUGCUGCAGAGGCAGAAGCCAGAUAGUCUAGGGAAAAAGCCAUUUCCUCACUUGUGCAAUGUUCCUGAUCUUAUUACAAUACUGCAUGGGAUUUCUGAAACAUACGACAUCAGUCCUCUUCUGCGGUACAUGCUUCCGCAUCUGGUCGUCUCCAUCAUUAAUCACGUUACAGGAGAAGAAACUGAAGGGAUGGAUGGUCAAAUCUACAGGAAACACUUGGAAGCUAUACUUACACACAUAUCACUGAAGAACAACUUAGACCAUUUGUUGGCUAGCCUUCUUUUUGAAGAGUAUAUUUCAUAUAAUUCACAGGAAGAAAUCGAUCCUAAUAAAGCAUCUUUGCUUAAUGAACAGUUUCUUCCACUUAUCAGACUUUUAGAAAGCAAAUAUCCUAGAACGUUAGACGUUGUCUUAGAGGAACACCUAAAGCAAAUUACAGACCUAAAAAAACAAGAACUUUUUCACCAAUUUAUCUCUCUUUCUACAAGUGGAGGGAAGUACCAGUUUUUAGCAGAUUCCAAUACCUCCUUGGUGCUCAGUCUGAAUCACCCACUCGCCCCUGUGAGACUUCUGGCCGUUAAUCAUCUGAAAAAUAUCAUGAAAACAUCAAAGGAGAGUAUCGAUGAGUCUUUCAUAAAAGAAGCUAUUUUAACCCGAUUAGGUGAUGAUAGUAUAGACGUCGUUUUGUCGGCAAUAAGUGCUUUUGAGAUUUUCAAGAGCCACUUUAGUCCAGAAGUGACUGUUUCAAAUCUUCUGAAUCUCUUUCAAAGAGCAGAACUUUCAAAAAAUAGGGCAUGGUAUGAGGUCCUUGAGGUGGCAGCAGACAUACUGAUUAAAGAAGAGACGCUGAGUGGAAACGAUGAGUUGGCAAACCAGGUGGUGGUGCAUCUGCUUCCAUUCAUGGUCGUUGACAGUGAUGACCUGGAGUCGGCCGAGACGAAGCUCGCUAUUUAUUUAUCCAAGUCAGGAAUUUGCUCUCUGCACCCUGUGCUAAGAGGCUGGAAAGCAGCUCUUGAAAAUGUGAUUAAAAGCACAAAAUCCGGCAAACUAAUUGGUAUAGCAAAUCAGAAGAUGAUUGAGUUGUUGGCUGACAAUAUAAAUUCAGGGGAUCCUUCUUCGGUGUUAAAGCUGGUGGAGGAUUUAAUCAGCGUUGGGGAAAAGGAGUCCUUUAGCCUGAAGCAGAAAGUGACUUUUCACGUGAUCAUGGCCGUGCUUGUCUCUUGCUGUUCAUCUUCAAAAGGAACUCACUUUCCAUUUGCGAUAAGAGUCUUCAGUUUGCUGCAGAAAAAAAUAAAGAAGCUGGAAAGUGUCAUGACUGCAGUGGAAGUGCCCCCGGAAUGGCAUGCUGAGCUGGUGCUGGACAGAGGGGUGCCAGUGCAGCUGUGGGCACAUUACAUCCAGCAGGUCCGCACUGCCCAGAGGAUUGCCGUGGAGGACUCGGUGUUACUCCUGUUUUCGCUGAAAAACUUUAUUCAUGCACUGAAGGCGCCUAAAUCUUUUCCUAAAGGUGGCGUGUGGUGGAACCCUGACCGCCUGGAGGAAGACGGCAGAGACUACCUGCGCUUGCUCGUCGGGCUCUUCGAGAUCAUACUCAGUGGGGCCGACAGCACGCACUUCAGGGUGCUGAUGAAGCUGUUCAUGAAGGUACAUCUAGAAGAUGUUUCUCAGUUAUUCAAGUUCCUUUCUGUUGUGUGGACCUAUGGGUCUAGCCUUUCAAAUCCACUGAGCUGCCGCGUGAAGACAGCGCUACAGACUCAGGCCCUGUACAUGGGCUGUGCAGUGCUGGCCUCGCAAAAGCCCCAGAGCAAAGCCCAGCUGGCCUCCAUGUCUUCCCCAGUAGUGGCAUCUCUUCUUCUUAACCUGGGGAGCCCCAUAAAGGAAGUCCGGAGGGCGGCCGUUCACUGUCUGCAGGCCCUUGGGGGCGUGGCCUCCCAGUUCCACCUGGUGAUAGAGCACGUGACUCCCAAAGCAGAAGAGGUCACCUCAGAUGCCUCCUACGUCAUCCAGGAUUUGGCUACUUUGUUUGAGGAACUACAGAGAGAGAAAAAACUGAAAACUCACCAGAAGUUGUCUGAAACUUUGAAAAACCUGCUUUACUGUGUAUCUAGUUGCCCAUCUUAUGUUGCAAAAGAUCUGCUGAAAGUGCUUCAGGGGGUCAACAGUGAGAUGGUGCUUGCUCAGCUGUUGCCUAUGGCUGAGCAACUGCUAGAAAAGAUCCACAAGGAGCCCUCGGCUGUCCUGAAAGACGAGGCCACUGUCUUGCAUCUCAUCUUGGGAAAAUAUAAUGAAUAUUCAGCUUCUCUGUUACAUAAGGACCCAAAGAGUUUAGAUAUAUUCAUAAAAGCUGUGCACACCACGGAGGAACUUUUUACGGGCAUGCCAUCCGUUCAGAUUACAGCCCUCGAAAAGGUUCUGUACCUCUCUGAGACAUGUACCCCAUUUCCUGUGCUCUCUGUAUCUGCACUGCAGAUUGAGGUCGAAGAUGAGUGUGGCCACCGAUUUUGUUGCUCUUUUGCAGAAACCGUUCCCAAAGCGCCAUCUCCUCCAAGCGAAGCCGCAGGGGAGAUGCUGCAGGUGUUCAAUGUGGACGCUCACACGGGCAAGCAGCUGCGGCACCUCAAGUUCCUGUCCGUGUCCUUCAUGGGCCAGCUCCUGGCUUCCAGCCACUUUAUCAGAAAGGUCGUUGAAAGCGGUGGUCCUCAGGCUUUAAAAGGCCUUGAACAAAGUUUGCUGGAGGCGGUCCUCGGCUACAUUAAUGCCGUUGCACAGUCAGUGGAGAAAAACGCAGACAAGCUAACUGGGAAGUUUUGGCGAGCGCUCCUCAGUAAAGCUUACGACAUGUUGGACAAGGUCAAUGCCUUGCUGCCCACGGAAACAUUCAUUCCCGUGAUUAGAGGGCUGCUGGGCAACCCCCUGCCGUCUGUCCGCCGGAAAGCGAUGGACCUUCUGAACAACAAGCUGCAGCAGAAAGCGUCCUGGAAGAAGAAAACCGUUUACCACUUCCUCAGACUGGUUCCAGUCCUUCUAGCCAUUGUGCAGCGUAGAAAAAAGGGGGCCGAAGAACAAGCGGUUAACAGACAGACAGCUCUGUACACCCUGAAGCUUCUAUGCAAGAAUUUUGGUGCGGAGAAUCCAGAGCCUUUCAUCCCGGUGCUGAACACGGCGGUGAGACUGGUCGCUCCGGAGAAGAAGGACGAGAAGAACGUGGUGGGCAGUGCCCUGCUGUGCGUAGCAGAGGCGGCCUCCACCCUGGGGCCCCUGGCUGUCCCACAGCUUCCCAGCCUGAUGCCCUCAUUGCUGACAACAAUGAAGAACACCAGCGAGCUGGUCUCCGGCGACGUCUACCUACUCAGCGCCUUAGCGGCCCUGCAGAAGGUGGUUGAGACUCUCCCCCACUUCCUCAGCCCCUACCUGGAAGGCGUCCUGGCACAGGUGAUUCAUUUGGAGAAAAUCACGCGUGAAAUGGGUGCAGCCUCCCAGGCGAAUGUCCGUCUCGCGUCUCUGAAAAAGACACUGGCCACCACUCUGUCCCCCCGCGUCCUGCUGCCGGCCAUCAACAAAACCUACAAGCACACCCAGAAGGACUGGAGGAACCACAUGGGUCCGUUUAUGAGCAUCUUGCAAGAGCACAUCGGGGUCAUGAAGAAGGAAGAGCUCACCUCCCAUCAGUCUCAGCUCACCACGUUUUUCCUGGAGGCCCUGGACUUCCGGGCACAGCACCCUGAGAAUGAUCUGGAAGAAGUUGGAAAAACAGAAAACCAUAUCAUCGACUGCCUGGUAGCUAUGGUUGUCAAACUUUCCGAAGUCACAUUCAGACCCCUGUUUUUCAAGCUGUUUGAUUGGGCCAAGACAGAGGACGCCCCAAAGGACAGACUGUUGACGUUUUACAACUUGGCGGAUUGCAUUGCCGCAAAACUGAAAGGGCUCUUUACUCUGUUCGCCGGCCACUUGGUGAAGCCUUUUGCUGACACCUUGAACCAGGUGAACAUCUCCAAAACAGAUGAAGCGUUUUUUGACUCUGAAAAUGACCCUGAAAAGUGCUGCUUGCUCUUACAGUUUAUCUUGAGCUGUUUACAUAAAAUCUUCCUUUUUGACACCCAGCACUUUCUAAGUAAAGAGAGAGCAGAAGCCUUGAUGAUGCCUCUGGUGGACCAGCUGGAGAACCGGCUGGGAGGAGAAGAGAGGUUCCAGGAGCGGGUGACGAGGCACCUGGUCCCCUGCAUCGCCCAGUUCUCGGUGGCCAUGGCCGACGACUCCCUCUGGAAGCCCCUGAACUACCAGGUCCUGCUGAAGACGAGAGACUCCUCGCCCAAGGUUCGAUUUGCGGCCCUCAUUACCGUGCUCGCACUGGCGGAGACACUGAAGGAGAAUUACAUGGUCUUGCUGCCAGAGUCCAUUCCUUUCUUAGCUGAAUUGAUGGAAGAUGAGUGUGAAGAGGUGGAGCAUCAGUGCCAGCGGACAGUGCAGCAGCUGGAGGCCGUCCUGGGGGAGCCGCUGCAGAGCUACUUCUGACCGGGGGAGGGGUUCGCACUCUGUUCAGAGUUCGGAUUUAUAUUUUAUAUUUUUAUUUGGGGUGUUUGGUGCCAUGUUCGUUUUGGUGCCUUCACACCAACGUGGACUUGACAAGAUUCCUCCCUGGUUUGUACUCCAUCCAACCCCUCCUGCCAUCUGUACAGAAUUGCAAAGAGUAAAUGACACGUGGUGGUUUGAUACAGGCGGCUGUGUUGUUUCAACGUUUAUUAGUCCUUCCUGACUGUGCUGGUACAGCAGGUCUCAUCCUCCCGCCCCAGCUGACCAUACCCACUGGACUGCAGGUGCAACCCUUAGCUCUUCGGUAAAGGAAUGUCUUACGCACCCGGUAGCCAGGUCAGAUUCACUCAAAGCAGUACAUUUUCUUCACUUCAAGAAAGUGAGUUAUUCGGCUUUCAACAAGAAUGCUUUUGACCGUGUAAAGCCAUUUGGGCUUUUAGUUUCAUUUUGGGUAGAUAACACUCAGCCUUGAUUUUUUGUGUGCCCAUAGAGGGCAGUAGUUCUGGAAUGUAUUUUUCACUCAGGACAAUGAUUAUCUCCUUUAUCUUUCGGCCUUUCGCGCGGGCGGAGGGAGUGGAGGCUACAGGCUGUUUCUAAAACAGCUAAACCUGACAGAUGCACCAACCGGAAGCCCCCCACCUCUCCCCCACUUCCACCCGCCCCAGGAGUAGGAGGAGGACUUUCCCACUGGUGGUAACCAAGAAUCACUUGUAUGAGAGAGAAUCGCAUUUUUUUGAAGUUCUCUAAUCCUUAUAUGAUGUCACAGUGACAGUCGUGACAAAGAAGCAAAAGGCUGACAUGCAGUUUAGAGACACAUAUAUUCUCUUCAAGGAAAGUCUUAGUAAGAUUCAGUCAUAAAUGCUAAUAGCUUCACUUCAAAAACAUCUUAAGAUUUUGUAUUCAGUCCUUUGUUUUACAAUCUCCAUGUAAAAUGAACUAUUGGACUUAGAGGAAAAUCUCAGUCAUGCAAACUUUCAGGAAGAAGAAAAAUAACCCUGGGAUUCUAGAGUCUUCUUGCCCUCCCGCCCCCAUCAAUGUUUUUUGAGUUUGGCAAGACUUGGCAUAAUAAACUAACAGGAAAAUGUGGGAAAGAAUGCUAAUAUAUAUUUAUAUAUAUAUGUAUAUAUUGGUAAUAGUAUUCUUUUCUUUUCAGUAUAUUGGUAUUAAAAAAUAACGAAUAUCUGUUAUGAAAAUGCUCCUCAAUCCUGGCAGAAUCCAGCUCAGCAAUUUAAUAUGACAAAUGAUCUGGCUGAUGUAGCUUUUUACCUCCCCACUCCCAAGCCUCUUAAAUUUCCUGAAACAAGAUCUGACAUGUAAGAAUUCUGCAAAGAAUUCUGCCAACUCGUUUCAAAGAAUCAUAGGAAAAAUUACAGAAAUGCAACACUUAACUUGCUGAUACAGGUUUGAUUUAAUCACUCAGAUAGAACAAUGUUUGAUCUCAGCCUAGUGAUGGACUAAUCUUUGGAAAAGCAGAGAGGCGGUGUCGCUUUGCAUGCAGACAACGAACAGGUGUUUAUGUUGCCUCUCUACGUUGGUCUAUUUCACUUUCUGGUAGGGCCUGUUUCAUAAACAUUAAAUCAAUUCUUAACUUUGCUUUGUGACCCAUAAACAUUUGCAAAUUGAAUUCCUCUCACUUCUACCUUAAACUCUCUGUACAGGUAUGUGCAGACCUUUAACUCCCCCUAAAUUCAU